AAGAGAGUCAUCUUGCAAAGACUCGUUAGACAUCAAAGACGACCCCAUCCACCCUCCCUCGACUCGCCAGAGGCAUCCAAAGACCCCACCCAAGCCUCGGUACAUGUCAAACCAUGUCCCCGCAACCAUGUCCGCCCUCGCCCAGCACGCAUCCACCUCGGCAAACCCCAUUGCCAUGACCCCAGCCAGCUACCACCCUGGGCCACGGCCUACGCCGGCGCCAGGUUCCGGGGCGACCAACGCGCCUGCUACAACCACUGCCUCCCUUCCGCCUUUUCACCGAAUCGACACCCAUCAAAUCAAACAACAACUCCACGAUGCAUUGGGCGAGGCUGGCCUCCCCUACUGGAAAGCCCUCAACGGCUACCUGCUUGGACAGGUCGGACGCGACGAGCUGACCGCGCUGGUGCGCGGAUGGCUAAAGGGCAAGAACCUCGCACUGCACAAUCAGCUCCUCUACUCCCUGCUGCACAAUGCAUCGUCGCCGCAGAUCUCGCACGAGCCAACAAGCCAGCUCAACAUGCGCAAGCGCAGGCGUGGCAGUCUCGACGCGCCCGACUUUGACUCGGACGAGUCGUUCAUCGAGUCCAAGGAGCGCGUCUACCACUGGGUCAUGGGCCUUGGUGGCAAGGAGCGUGGACGCGUGCGCCGGACCAUCAAGGCACACGACGAGGACGAGGACGCGCAAGGCGAGACAGACGGCCCGGUUGCCAACGGCAACUACGACCCGGCUCCAGAUCGAAAGCGCCAGUGGUCGGCAUUUCAGUCGACUACGCAGCCUCCCCUGGCCGAGUCUGCUCACCUCUUGCCGUCGUCCAACCAGCUCGCCAUGCGCCUUGGCGAGGUCGCAAAGUCGUAUGACCUUGAGCUGCCCGCUGAUUCGGCGCGCGAGGUUGGAGAGUUCCUCGGUGUCGGCCUCAACGCCCACCUCGGUGACGUGCUCCACAGCGUGGUCCACCUCACUGGUCGUGAGCGCCCAGGAUUCGACACGAUCCACGUCCCGCAGGGCAUCAAGCAGCCUCACCAGGCCAACGGCGAUACCCCCGAGCCGCCAGCCGAGGACACGGACAAUCUUCCUCCGCCUACCCUUCAGACACUCCAGUACCUCUUCAACAUGCUGCCGAGCCUGCACCCACAAGCCUCGCCAACGCUGUACAAGCUCGAGUCGUCGAUCACAAUCUCCGAGGUCGAGGCGGCGACGCCGCCAGUGGUGAAGGAGGACCGUGCGACCGACCUCCAGCGCCGCGCUGCAGCGCUCGUCGGGCUCGUUACUCCCGCCGCGACGACCGCCGCUCUGCCGUCCACCACGCCCCAAAAGGUGCCAGGCGCGGUUCCUCCCGCUGCCGGCGCCCUCUCCACUUCGCCAGUCAAGGCUGCGGCGACGCUGCGCGCGGCCGCAGGCCAGGGCCGCACCGAGACGGUAUCCAACACGCUCAUCAACACGGGCCUGCUCAAGAUUGACAAGGCUGGCCGCGGCGACGAGCCGGCCGGUACCGAGGCCGACCGCAAGCGCGAGAAGAAGCACAACCUGCAUUGGAAGUACGAGGACCCGGCCAUCAUCCUCAAAGACGUGCUCGGGUAGUGCUGGCCCCUGCGUUCUCCAAUCCCCCACCCCUUCCUCCUUCCCCC